AUGAUAUAGAGUUUAGUAGUAUAGACCAAUUUUCAUAAGCAAAUGGAAAAAUUAAAAGGAUUUUUGGUCUCUGCUCAUACAAUUUCGCCUAUAGAGACAGAAAAGCCACUUAGAAAAACGUAGACUCCUUUAAUAAGAUAAUUAUAAUAAUCUGAUUAAUUUAGUGAUGAAGAUGUAUAGAGUGAGAAUAUCAAUUAAAUUGAUGUUAACUAAACAAAUUUUGAUGAUGAGUUUGUUAUUGGGAAAAAAUUAGGAGAAGGGACGCAUGGAAUAGUAAAAUUAUGUUGGAAAAAAGACAAUCCAUAAAUGUUAUUUGCUGUUAAGAUAAUAAAAACAAUAGAUGAGGAGCAUUUAGAAAUAGUUCGUCAAACAUUUAUAAAUUCUACAAUCAUUAAAAGUCCAUAUAUUGCAAAAUGUUAUAAAUUAUAUAUUGAUAUAAAUGUAAUAUAUAUGGUAAUGGAAUAUAUACCAUAUCAAAAUUUAUAAACAAUUUUGUAAGAGAAAAAAAAGUUAAAAGAAUAAGAAGUAUAAAAAUUAGCAAAUGCUUUAUUAAAAAGUGUUAGAUGUUUACAUAGUUGUGGUGUGUGUCAUAGAGAUAUUAAACCAGAUAACAUACUGGUUGAUUUGAAGUAUUUAAAUAGUUAUUAAAAGUAAUUGUUCAGUUAAAUUAAUUGAUUUUGGAGUUUCUAGAAGAUUUGUAACUUAUAGUAAUAGUACUUAUCGAUAUGUAAGAAAGUAGAUGUUAACAGUAACAGGCAAUAUUCAUUAUCGUGCUCCUGAAAUAAUGUUUAGUUAAUCUUAUGGAUAUAAUCAAUAGAUUGAUUUAUGGGCUAUAGGUGUUACAUUGUACUAAUCUUUAACAGGUUCAUUACCAUUUACUUCUGAAUAUGCAGGAGAAAUUGUAGCUUAAUUAUCUAGCAGGUAAAUAUUCAAUUUGAAUAUGUAAAAUAGCAAGUCAAUUUAAUAUGUCUUCCAUUAAGAGUCAUUCUUAAAAUUAUCAUCAAGUUGUAGAGAUCUAAUUAAAAGACUUUUGAUGUGGAAUCCACUUAAACGAUUAACAGCUUCUGAAGCAUUAAAACAUAUAUGGAUACCAAAUGCUUAAACUCCAAAAAAACCAUUGAUAUAAAAGUUUGCAAAAGAUGAUAUGGAUACUAGUAGAAUAAGUUAAAAUAGUGAUAUUUUGAAUAAAUCUUUAAUCAAUAGCGCCACUAUGCUCAAUUAAGAGCUAUAAACUACUUUAAUUAUAAGCAAAUAAAUUGAUUCUAUAUUAGAAUGCUCUUAAAUUUCAAAAAAAAACUUAAGAUUUUCAAUCAAAAUCAAGUAAGAUAAAGAUAAUUAAGAUUUCAAAUCUAAAUUGAAAUAAUUUAAAUUAGAAUCAUCAACCAAUAUUUAUAAUAGAGUCAAAUAAAAAGAAGUUGAUGAUAUUUAAUUGGUAGGAGUUUUUGAUGAUAAAAAAAGAAAUUCAAUUAAAUUAGAAGAUGAUGACGACAUUUUUGGUAUAAAGGUUUGCGGUAGUCACCAUUCUUUGACAUAAUUUGAUGAUCCAUUGUAAUAAGACUAAUAAUGUUAAUAGAACUAAUUGGAUCCUAAACUCUUGCAAGAACUCUCUAAAUUUAAUUUGUGA